AUGAAAUUGAAUAUAGCAUAUCCAACUACUGGCUGUCAGAAAGUCUUUGAGAUUGAUGAUGAGAAAAAGUUGCGAAUUUUCUAUGAAAAAAGGAUGGCGCAGGAAGUGGAGGCCGAUGCUUUGGGUGAUGAAUGGAAGGGUUAUAUUUUGCGUAUAACUGGUGGUAAUGACAAGCAAGGUUUUCCAAUGAAGCAAGGCGUUUUGACAAAUGGACGCGUGCGUUUAUUACUGUCGAAAGGGCAUUCUUGCUACCGAGCUCGUCGGGAUGGGGAACGUAAGCGUAAAUCAGUACGUGGAUGUAUUGUUGACGCUAAUUUAUCUGCCCUUGCAUUAAUCAUUGUAAAGAAAGGUGAACAGGAAAUUCCUGGUCUAACAGACACCACAGUUCCUCGCCGUUUAGGACCCAAACGUGCAUCCAAAAUUCGUAAAUUGUUCAAUCUAACGAAAAAUGAUGAUGUUAGGAAGUAUGUUAUUCGUCGGAAACUACCCGAGAAAGAAGGUAAGAAACCACGCAGUAAAGCACCAAAGAUCCAACGACUAAUAACACCAGUUGUGUUGCAACGCAAGCGAAGACGUCUGGCGAUGAAAAUUAAACGAAGUGUUAAACGCCGUGAAGAAGAAGCUCAGUAUCAUAAGAUGAUGACGCAGUAUUCCAAGGAAAAACAAGCAGCUAAAAUUGCUCGCCGUCGCUCAUCAGCAUCUCGUCGUGAAUCAGAAUCGGCGAGAUAUAGCAAAAGUAGCAAAUAA